GAUUUGCUUCGCUUCGCUACAAUGGCUUCCGCAAGCCAUCUCCUCACCUCCACUCUAUUCGGCACCAGACUCCGUCCGAAAUCCACGCCCAACCCUACCCUCCUCCUCCUCCUCCCGAGACGAACCAACUCCAUUCGAUCACUCCUCGAUCGCAACAAGAAUAGCAACGACAACCGCCUCACCCUGUCCCCUUCCGUUGCCGCGGCCGCCGCCUUCCUCCUUUCCUCCCUCCCCCCGGUCGCCAUCGCCGAGGACGUCGCCCCGGUCCCGCCUCCCACUUCGCCGCCCGCCGUCCAGUUCGAUGCCGCCUCCAAGCCCGACAACCCCUUCGCCCAGUCCCUCCUCACGGCCCCCAGGCCGCAGACGUCCUCGGACCUCCCCGAGGGCUCCCAGUGGCGCUACAGCGAGUUCCUCGAUGCCGUCAAGAAGGGCAAGGUCGAGCGCGUCCGCUUCAGCAAGGACGGCGGGGUGCUUCAGCUCACGGCUGUCGAUGGCCGCCGGGCCGCCGUCAUCGUCCCCAACGAUCCCGACCUGAUCGACAUCCUGGCGAUGAACGGCGUGGACAUCUCGGUCUCGGAGGGGGACGCCGGCAAUGGGCUGUUUAAUUUCAUCGGGAAUCUGAUCUUCCCCUUUCUCGCCUUUGCCGGUCUCUUUUUCCUCUUCCGCCGGUCCCAGGGGGGACCUGGGGGCGGGCCGGGUGGGCUUGGCGGGCCGAUGGACUUUGGCCGGUCCAAAUCUAAGUUCCAGGAGGUUCCGGAGACCGGUGUCACCUUCGCUGAUGUCGCCGGAGCCGACCAGGCCAAACUUGAGUUGCAGGAAGUGGUGGACUUCUUGAAGAACCCGGACAAGUAUACGGCUUUGGGGGCGAAGAUUCCUAAAGGUUGUCUCUUGGUGGGUCCGCCGGGUACCGGCAAGACGCUGCUGGCGAGGGCGGUGGCAGGAGAGGCCGGAGUCCCGUUCUUCUCGUGUGCAGCGUCCGAGUUCGUGGAGCUAUUUGUGGGAGUGGGGGCGUCGAGGGUCCGGGAUCUGUUUGAGAAGGCAAAGGCUAAGGCACCGUGCAUUGUUUUCAUCGAUGAAAUUGAUGCGGUGGGAAGGCAGAGAGGAGCUGGGCUUGGCGGUGGCAAUGAUGAGAGGGAGCAGACUAUCAAUCAGCUCUUGACGGAGAUGGAUGGGUUCUCGGGGAACAGUGGAGUGAUAGUACUGGCAGCGACUAACAGGCCAGAUGUGCUGGAUUCGGCUUUGCUGAGGCCUGGGAGGUUUGAUCGGCAGGUCACAGUUGAUAGACCUGAUGUUGCUGGCAGAGUGAAGAUCUUACAGGUUCAUUCAAGAGGGAAAGCACUUGCUAAGGAUGUAGAUUUUGAGAAAAUUGCUAGAAGAACCCCUGGUUUCACUGGAGCUGAUUUGCAAAACCUGAUGAACGAAGCAGCUAUUCUUGCAGCCAGACGAGACCUAAAGGAGAUAAGCAAGGAUGAAAUUUCAGAUGCUCUGGAGAGAAUAAUUGCAGGACCUGAAAAGAAAAACGCAGUUGUAUCAGAUGAGAAGAAGAAGCUGGUAGCAUAUCAUGAGGCUGGACAUGCCCUUGUGGGGGCACUCAUGCCCGAGUAUGAUCCAGUUGCCAAGAUCUCCAUUAUUCCUCGAGGUCAAGCUGGUGGUCUUACAUUCUUUGCCCCAAGUGAGGAGAGACUCGAGUCAGGACUUUACAGCAGAAGUUACCUAGAGAACCAAAUGGCUGUUGCCCUCGGAGGAAGGGUGGCAGAAGAGGUGAUCUUCGGACAAGAGAAUGUCACAACAGGAGCUUCAAAUGACUUCAUGCAGGUUUCACGAGUGGCAAGACAGAUGGUUGAGAGGUUUGGAUUCAGCAAAAAGAUUGGGCAGGUAGCCAUAGGUGGGUCUGGUGGUAAUCCAUUCCUGGGUCAACAGAUGUCAACUCAAAAAGAUUAUUCCAUGGCAACUGCUGAUGUGGUAGAUGCUGAGGUGCGAGAGCUUGUGGAGAGGGCUUAUUCCAGGGCCAAGCAAAUCAUAACCACGCACAGCGAUAUCCUCCACAAGCUGGCACAGCUUCUCAUCGAGAAGGAGACUGUCGACGGAGACGAGUUCAUGAGCCUGUUCAUUGAUGGCAAAGCAGAAUUGUAUGUUGCAUGACUAAACAGACAACCAUGCCUCUUCCAUGUUGUAGUUUUGUUCACAAACACAUUGGACCAAAAGGAAAUUAGCAAGAAAAGAGAAGAAUUUUGUGUAUAAUAUACACUCUAUUUUGAAGCCUUAAUUUGGUUAUGGAUGACUCAGAAAAUAAUCAGUAGCUAUUUAUUUUUCACGGUGAUGUAAAAUAAGAUGUUCUAUUAAUAAAUGAGUUUUUU